AACACUCACACAGACACAGAGAGAGAGAGACCCGGCUAUAAAUACGGCUGCGCGCAACGGACAGUUAGACAUUUUACCCAAAAUCAAAACGAAAGACACAACUGAGCAAGAAACCAGCCUGCUUCUAUCUACACCUUUACCGUUAGAUUCUCUCUCUAUACCUUUUGCUCUUAUACAUUUCCAGCUCUCUACUAUGUUGGGUGGAUUACAUCUGCAGCACGUCGUGGUGGUGGUGGUGGUGGUGGUGGUGCUGACAGGGACUCUGGGGUCCCCGGUGGUCUCGGGUCCAGAGCCGAUCCGCUGCGCCCCGUGCUCCCCGGAGAAGCUGCUCCUGUGUCCCGCGGUGGCGCCCGGAUGCGCCGAGGUGCUGCGGGAGCCCGGCUGCGGAUGCUGCCUCGCCUGCGCGCUGCUGGCCGAGGAGCUGUGCGGGAUCUACACGGCGCCGUGCGGAUCCGGGCUGAAGUGCAGCCCGAGACCCGGAGACCCCCGGCCGCUGCACUCACUCACCCGGGGACAAGCCGUGUGCAGCCCGGAGACCAGCACGGAGCCAGAGACCACCACAGAGACCCAGACGCAAGACCAGGGAGAGGCAGAGGUGGAGAUGGAGAACGCAGCAGUCGUGCCCUCGGAGCCCGGCUCCAGCCUCUACCUGCCCGGCCACACUAAGCCCUACGACCCGAGGGCUGCUGCCGACGCUCAGGAGAGCAUGAAAGCCAAACUCAACGCCAUCCGCAGGAAACUGGUCGAACAGGGGCCGUGUCACGUUGAGCUGCAGAGAGCCAUGGACAAGAUUGCCAAAUCCCAGCAGAAAUUGGGAGACAAGUUAACCAGAUUCUACCUCCCCAACUGUGACAAACACGGGCUCUACAAACCCAAACAGUGUGAGUCCUCUCUGGACGGACAGAGGGGUCGAUGUUGGUGCGUGAACUCCUGGAACGGCAAGAAGAUUUUAGGGUCGACCGACCUGCCUGCAGACGCCGAGUGCCCUUAAAAAGAGUUCAACCACUGAUGCAGAUCUCACAAAAAAAAAGAAGAAGCAAGCCACUGAUUUUUCCUUUUUUGAUAUAGCUGUUUAUUUAUUGAUCUUUGUCCAUGGUGGUGUUUAAUUCAGGUACACUGUCAUUACGGAGCCUUUUGAGGUCCCAGCCACCCUGAACCCCUCACCUUCCUCCCUCCUCUUCAAACUCCCGUCCCAAAGAGAAAAAAAAAUCUAUUUUUGUUUUUCCUGAAAAGAUUUUAAUAUUGAUGCAUUUCCUUCUACUCUUCAGCCUUAUUUAUUUUCAUUUUAUUUGUAAUUAUUUUAUGAGUAUUUAUAUCAUUUUUUUGCCUUAAUGUUAUUAUUAUAUUAUUAUUUUUAUGGGUGUAUAAAGUGUAUAUAUGUAUCUUGGCCCUGAGUAACUCCACCGCUGAGUUGAGCUCGCUCUACCCUUAAAGGAGUUGUCUGGCGGUUUGGUUUUUGAGGCAAAAAAACCAAGCAAGAACAAAAGCACUGAGUGACCAAAUGUCAUUUAGAAGUAUUUCUAAAUGUUUUUAUGAUUGAUUUUCACAUUGUUGCCAUUGUUAUAUGUCUUUUUUUUGUUGUCUUUUAUUUUCUGAUGUGACACAUGAUCAGCUCUUGUCAGUGAAUGCAAAACUCUCAGUCAGGAAUCCUCAAACAGUACUCAGAAAACAUUUCCCAUGGUUCCAUGGGGUUGCAGAUGAGCAUGACGGGCGGCGCCUCCCUGCGCCGCCUCUCAGACGGGUAUUUCUACAUUUACCUACCUCCGAUAUUUAUGUGUCUGCUGUCAGUUGUGUUGAUGUAUUUGUCGAAAAAAGAAGAUUUUACUUUACAUGUCUCUCUGACCAAGAACACAUGACCACAAAGAGCCCACGGUGCGCCACGACACCUCUGCUCUGUAUCUACAUGCUGCUGUUGGAGAGAGAAUUAUUGUGUGUGUGUGAGUCUAUUCCAAAGUGCUCACACGUGUGUAUGUACACUUUUGUAAUUGUAAUGUAAGAUGAAAAAAAGGUGAUAUAUUUAAUAAAAACAUUAACCUCA